AUGGCUUUGUUGUCCGAUGAUCUUCCUCCACAACUCACGAAAGAUGUCAAAAGAAGAAACAGAAAAAGAAGAAUCGUAAGAAGUAAUGACGUUGAAGUGUUGAUCAGCGUCGCUACAAGAGCCGCUCAUAUCGCAAGAGACAAAGGAUUCCACGUCGUCUCUCCCGAAGCGAUACGGUGCGUUGAAGCUCUAAGAAUGAUGAGAAGCAUGCCCUUGACUCCUCGUCUCAUCACGAAAACAGACCUCUUGCGUGUUCUUCAAUUCUUGGCCACGAAUGGUAACCCUAAAAUUAGAUCAGAGUCUAAAUCCGUUCUUAAUCACUUGAGGGGUGUUCUUGCGAGUAGCUGA